AUGUCUGACGAUGAGAUGAAUAUCGAUGAGGGCGGAAAUGAGGGCGUUGUGAGACGCAAGGGGAGAGGCUUUCAGAGUGCUUCCGGAACGAAUGAGAGCGCAAUCACCUCUGAGCAAACAUUUGACAGAGUGGAGUCUUCCCAGGCGUCGGAGACAAGAGCGGCGCGAUCCGUGGAAGGAUGGAUCGUACUAGUCACCAACGUACACGAGGAAGCGACCGAGGAAGACGUAAUGGACAAGUUCGCCGAGUAUGGGGAGAUCAAAAAUCUUCAUCUCAACUUGGACAGGAGAACAGGUUACGUUAAGGGUUACGCCUUGGUGGAAUACGAGACAAUGGCGGAAGCACAGGCCGCCAUUGAUGGCGCUUCUGGCACCACUCUGUUGGAACAGACGCUGCAAUGUGAUUACGCUUUCGUCAGACCUCCACCGUCGGGUCCAAAAAAAGGCAGGGGCAGAGAGGGACGUGGACGCAGUGCGAGUCCUGCUCGUCGGCGAGAGUGA